AUGGCACCCAACGGCCUAGCCAUCCUCAUCGGAGCGGGACCCGCCACGGGAGCAGGUAAGUUGUGAUGUCCAAAACGGGCCCCCCCCCCCCAAAAGAAGAAGAAGAUUAGAAAAAAAUAAAAAGGAAAGCAUUUGAUUUGAACAAAAUUAUAAACUUACUACGGUGUAUGAGGCAUCGCACGGAUCCUCUCGCAUCCCUCACAUGGGAACAUGGCCGUCGCGCUCCUGGCUCGUCGCGCGGAACCUCUCCAGGAAUUGACGAAGUCUCUCGCGGAGAAGGUGCCCGGGGCGGUGCUGGAGGCUUUUCCUACGGUAUGUACCUUAACGCAACACCCCCCGAGGAAAGGAAAAGGAAAGAAAGAAAGAGAGUGUUGACAAAUGCGAGAUAUAGGACACCUCGCCGGAGAAUCUGCGCCAGACCUUCGCGGCCAUCAAGCAACACACGCGCUUCCAGGGGCUGAAAUUGCGAGUUUCCAUCUUUUCGAUUAAGAAUUCGUCCAAGAAGCCGUUUAUGGAGGAGACGUUUGAGGAUUUCAGUCAGUAAAAAUUCCUCUUUCUCUUUCUCUCUUUUUCUUUUUUUGGCCCCUCUCCCCUCCGAUGCCUUGCCUCCUACUGUGCUAACUUUUUCUGCUUUUCUGUUCCAUAGUGCAUCCCCUCGAAACCUACGCCGGAGGCGCCAUGGUCUUCGCGCAGGAGAGUCUGAAGCGGUUCUUCGAAGAUCACGGGGAGAAGGGCUUGGCGGAGGGGGGAGGGAAGAAGGGGACGCUGAUUUUCACGGGGACGUUGGUAUCGUAUUCCCCUCCCCUUUUGAUCUGUUUUUGUUUCGACUGAUGGGUUGUUGUUGCUGAUGAUGAGGUUACCUUAGGGUGCUCUGAGAUGUAACGCCGAAUUCGGAAGUUACGGGGCUUCGAGGGGCAGUGUACGACAACUGGCGCAGGCGUUGGCGAGGGAGAUGAGUCCCAAGGGAGUCCAUGUCGUCGUGAGUCGUUUUUUUCUUUUUCAUUCCUUCCCGAACUGCCCUUUAAUGCUCGGAGUUCUCUUUUCUCUUUCUCUUUUCUUUCUCUUUUGGGGCUCUUGCUGACAGGAUCGAUCUUUCUUUUUAGCAUACCAUUGCCAACGGUCGCAUCACGGAUGCCGAUAACGAGGAAACUCAGACGGGGAAACAUAUGGCCGCUGAGGCCGUCGGGAAGACGUAUCUCUGGCUUGCGGAGCAGGAACCUACCGGUGAGUAGUGUUGUGCUUGGUGGUGGAACGUAUUCCAUGUGUGGAGACAGAUAUCGCUGACUUUGCGUGUGUAGUGUGGACGCAUGAAUUGGACCUUCGUCCCGCGCAGGAGAAGUUUUAG